AUAGCUUGAAAUAAUUAAACUGAUGGAAUAUCUUCUGCACUGAAAACUUGACUUGAACCCAAAGACUUCAAUCUAUAUUCUUAGAGUAAAAAACACAGAUGUGCCUAAAACGUCUGGAUAUCAUUUCAAUGAUGAGGACAACCCUGACCUGGCCUUUAACGUGAGAGAAUGGACUGAUACAAUCGAAAGUGGAUUCUAUUGUGACAAUAAAGAUAACCUAAUGCUCGCAGUAAAUUACAUUGAGAAAAAGGAAUACGCGUUCUUCUUCACAGCAGAGAGCAAGAAACAAAAGAAGAGAGUUAUUCAGUAUCUUGAAAAAGCAGCCCGAUUUAAGAUUGGUGAACUUGAAGAAGUUAAAACUCAAGAUGAUGAAUUCAUCCUCCCAGCUAGGAAGAAGCAAGAAGAUGGUCUUUAUUAUUUGAAGACUAUCAAUGAUACUGAGAACAGUAAAUCCGCCCAAGCUAUAACCCAACUUCUGAAGACACAUAUCACAAGAAGUAUGCAGUUUAAUCAUUCAUGGAAAUUUGUAGAUUUCAGGUAUCUGAUCGACCCAAAAUCACAAGAUUCCCAAAAACACAUCCAUCUCUCCCUCAAUCUUACCCCUCACUGCCCCAAUCUCUCCUUCCCAACCCUCUCCUACCUCCUCUGCCUCUCAAUCACCUCUAAAAAGCUCAUACCUCUCAAAUUCAAUUUUCUCCAAAAAGAAGACCUCGAACAGACCUAUUACGCUAUGCCAAAGCUACAGCCUCAUAAGUUCCUUGAAGCAAUAGAUGAAGAUCUUUAUAGCACAACUUCUUUUAGUGAUGUUCCCGACCAGAGUCUGGAAUGCAGCCAGAAGGAGGUAGUUAUGAUGAAUAUUGCGACAGGAGUUAAGAAGAAAGUGAAGAAAGAUGAUGUGCUGAGGAGGGUAGUGGAACUUCCAUGUAGAACUGUUAGAGAUAGUCUAGUAAAUCUUCCAGAGCUCAUCUCUAAGAUUUCGAAAAUCACAGGAAGCACUCAAAUCAUGGAUUACUGGAGCAAAGUAGAUUUUAUGCUUAAGAAGGACCGAAAUUGGAGAUGUGCUCCAGAGCCUGAAGAAAAAGAUACAGAAAUGGAGGAUGACUCAGAAGUAGGAUUCCAAUUAGCCUCUUCCAAACUCAAAUCUAAAUCAAAGAAGAAUAAUCCAGAUGCUGAUCUUGGAGGAUUUCAAUUAGCAAGCAAUUUUAAGCCAAAGAAAGUUAAAUCUUUGAAGAAACCUUCAAAAGAGAACGAAGUAGAAGCAUCUCAAGAGGAUAACAAAAGUACUCAAGAAGAUAGUACUUGUUCACAGAAGACAAAGCAAUCAGAAAAACUAUCAGCCCUCGAACAAGUCCUCUCCCUCAUAAAAUCUACUCAAAAAGAACUUCCUUCCCUCUCCUUAACUGACACCAAGAAUAUUGCUAUCGAAAUAGAUACCUACAGCACCUACCCUGAUUUUCUUGACGAGUACUAUCAAUUCAUCUCAACCCACGUUCAAAAUCCUGAUCUAAAAGUGCCUGCAAAAUCAAGUUUUGGCAAAAUACUGAAAACUUCAAUCCAAACUGAUAUUUGUUGGGAAAAAUUAUAA